AUGGGACAUAAGGAGCAUGGAGGGACUUGGCACAUGGAAGCAGCUCAACUGGAUACGCAAAGGAAGAAGGGAGAAGCCAUCUUGAAGACCAGCUCGACCGUCUACUCGACCAACCGGUCGAGUUCCUCAACUCGACCGGCCAAGCUUCAACUCGAUCGAGCUGAGAAGUCAAAGUCAAACCCGAAAAAUGUGUAUGCGAACUCGAUCGAGUCGGUCUACAGAGACUUGGUCGAGCUAGACAUUACAACGGGUAGAAAGAGGGUUCAGAGGUCACAGAGGGUACAAGAGGAACCUGAGGUGCUUGUUGCUGAUACAAUGGAUGUACCAGAGGGGAAUGGAAACCCUUUGGGAAUGGACUCGGUCGAGCUAGGCAAACUCGACCGAUUGGUCAAGGAGAUGCUCCAAACCGCCACCAACAGAGACAAGGGAUUGUUCCACCACCAGUGCAGAACCACAACUUUGAGAUCAAGCUGGGAAUGA